CGUCAGCCGGUUGUGUAGGUUUGUGUACUUUUAUAACAGCUUACAAUUAAAUUAAGGACAAAAUAUUAAAUAGCGGCGAUAUGCUCGCCAGUGAACGUAAAUACAGCAUAUUGCUGCCUACAUAUAACGAGAGGGAGAAUUUGCCUAUUAUAAUUUGGCUUAUUGUCAAAUAUCUCACUGAAAGUGGUUUCAAAUAUGAAGUUAUUAUAAUUGACGACGGUAGUCCCGAUGGCACUUUGGAUGUUGCUAAAGAUCUCCAGAAAAUCUAUGGCGAAGAGACAAUAAUACUACGGCCGCGUGCGUCAAAAUUAGGUCUUGGUACUGCUUAUAUACAUGGCAUCAAGCAUGCGACGGGAGAUUUUAUUAUUAUAAUGGACGCCGAUUUAAGUCACCAUCCCAAAUUCAUUCCCAAGUUCAUUGAGCUGCAAGCGAAGGAAGAUUACGAUAUAGUUUCUGGUACACGGUAUGGCGGUGAUGGUGGAGUUUAUGGUUGGGAUUUUAAGCGCAAGCUUAUUUCUCGUGGUGCCAACUUUCUUUCUCAAAUUUUGCUCCGCCCAAAUGCCUCUGACCUGACGGGCUCGUUUCGUCUAUACAAAAAGAAUGUUCUUGAGAAAUGUAUUUCCAGUUGUGUGUCAAAGGGAUACGUCUUCCAGAUGGAAAUGUUAGUGCGUGCACGUCAGCAUGGCUUCAGCAUUGGUGAGGUGCCCAUAACUUUUGUAGACCGCGUUUAUGGUACUUCAAAGCUUGGCGGUACGGAGAUAAUACAAUUUGCCAAAAAUUUGUUAUACUUAUUUGCCACAACGUAAAAGUUCUGUAUAUAGCGAUAUUUCUCUACAACCGGAAUACACUAUAAGUCGAAAAAUAGAUUUAAAGAACUGGAAUAUGUAUUA